AUAGAAAAAUUCAAAAUAAAGAAGAUUUGUAUCCGGCGAGUACUGUGUUUCCAAUUUUAUUACUGCUUCCAAAUGUAUACUCUAGUUCUGUUCCUGACAGUUGUCAGCAGGAGGCCAUUGGCAGCGACGAUAAAGGCCCUGGAGCCGGAGGAGAGCAAGAAGAAGAAAGGGAGGAGGAAUCGGGAGGCGGCGCGACCGCGACCGACGAGAAGACCAAGAAGGCCAUGCGGAUGGUCAUGGAAUGCAGCAAGCCGAAGGACUCCGGCAAGGUCAAGAGAGCCAAGCCCGGCGGCGCGGUUGCGGCGCUCGAGCCGGACCUCCGUAGCCCUGACACGUAGUGGUGGUACGCCUUCCUCAGCAAGCACAAGGAACGCCAAGCCAAGUCAGGUCUUACUGCGUCAGUGCCUUCAGACGAGGAGGAAGCAUUCAGGUACUUCUUCAGGACGUCGAGGAGUACCUUUGACUACGUCUGCUCUAUUGUAAGGGAUGAUUUGAUCUCAAGGCCGCCUUCUGGGCUGAUCAACAUUGAAGGGAGACUACUUAGUGUGGAGAAGCAAGUAGCAAUUGCCAUGUGGAGGCUGGCAUCCGGUGAUUCCCAGAUGUCUGUGGGAGCUGCUUUUGGCGUGGGGCAGUCUACUGUUUCACAAGUGACAUGGAGGUUUAUCAAGUCGAUGGACAAGAGGGCUCGGCAUCAUCUGGUGUGGCCGGACCAGGAGAGGAUGGAUGAUAUCAAAGCUAACUUUGAGGUGGUGUCUGGUCUGCCAAAUUGUUGUGGCGCCAUUGAUGCCACACACAUAGUUAUGACGCUUCCUGCUGUUCAGUCAUCGGAAGACUGGUACGACCAUGCGAACAACUACAGUAUGUUCCUGCAAGGGAUUGUUGACCAUGAGAUGCGAUUUAUUGAUAUUGUCACCGGUUGGCCUGGCAGCAUGGCAUUUUCCCGAUUGAUGAAAUUAUCUGGAUUUUACAAGCUCUGUGAGGCUGGGAAACGCUUGGAUGGUCCUGCCCAAGUUUCAAGGGAGGAUUCAGAAAUACGGGAGUUCACUGUUGGUGACGUGUCUUAUCCUCUACUCCCGUGGCUUAUGACUCCAUAUCAAAGAGAAAGUCUGUCUGCCCUAAUGGUCGAUUUUAAUGCCCGUCAAAAAGCCGCAAGAACGCUUGGAACAAGAGAAUUGGCACGGCUGAAAGGCUCCUGGAGGAUCUUGCACAAAGUCAUGUGGAGGCCUGAUAAGAAGAAGUUACCGAGUAUAAUUCUUGUCUGCUGCCUGCUUCACAAUAUAAUUAUUGAUCGCCAAGACCAACUGCUUCCAUCUCUAGAACUUCCGGAACAUCAUGAUACCGGUUAUACUGAAGUGAACUGCCAGAAAAAGAAUCGUAACGGUAAAGUGAUAAGGGAGGUCAUUACAGAACAUCUCCCAAGAUGUGAACUGAACAAGCCGACUGGAAGUAUUGUGUGAGAUGCAACGAUGCAUCUUUGUUUAAUUUAGUGUUAUUUCCUUCGUUACCUUUGAUGUAAUCAGACUUGAUGGUUACCUGUAAUCUCUCCAGGAAUGGUGUGUGGCUACUUUGAAAGCAAACAACUACCAUCAUGCUUGAGUUAAUAUUCUCCUUGACGAUGACAAUUCCUAUCACCUUGAGUUGCAUUGCAUACAGUCUCUAAGAAGUGCUCUGGCCUUGAUAGACGGUGAAUGGUGUAGUUUGGAAGAGUUGCGCCCUCUUUCCCAGCUCAGGUCUCUUGGACUACAGGUGGGUGCAGCUGCCUUACAAGGGCCUCGGCCUCGGCGCUGGCGCCGGCGCCUGGCCCAGCUCGCCGAUCGAGUUUGGCGUCAAGAACAGGGACUCUCGGCUCGCGCUUUCUCUCCCCGGUGCAGCGGUCGCCGGCGGUGAGGGCGGUGAUGAGCGAGGCGGAGGACUACACCUGCGUCAUCGCCCGGGGGCCCAACCCCAGGAUGACCAACAUCUUUGACCCCAGCGUCGUCCAGAGCUGCGACAACUGCUGUUGGCGUUUGUGUUCCUCCGAGACCUAGUUGUCAGCAGGAGGGCAUAGGCAGCGACUAGGAAGCACCAGGAGGAGAGAAAGAAGAUAGGGAGGAGGAAUCGGGAGGCGGCAAGGGCCAGUAGAGGGGUCGGAGGAUGGCGCCGGUGAACAAGUCCAAGAAGGGUAAGCAUCAGAUCAAGGACUCCGACAACCCGAAGACCAUGGAAUCCAGCAAGUCGAAGGCGAAGGACUCUGGCAAGUUCAAGGGAGCCAAGCCCGGCUGCGCGGUGGCGGCGCACCAGCCGGACCUCCGUGACCCUGACAUGGAGUGGUGGUACGCCUUCCUCAGCAAGCAAAAGGAACGUCAAGCCGAUUCAGUUGUUACUGCGCCAGUGCCUUCAGACGAGGAGGAAGCAUUCAGGUAUUUCUUCAGGACGUCGAGGAGUACUUUUGAUUACAUCUGCUCAAUUGUAAGGGAUGAUUUGAUCUCAAGGCCACCUUCUGGGCUGAUCAACAUUGAGGGAAGACUACUUAGUGUGGAGAAGCAAGUAGGAAUUGCCAUGAGGAGGCUGGCAUCCCGUGAUUCCCAGGUGUCGGUUGGAGCUGCUUUUGGCGUGGGGCAGUCUACUGUUUCGCAAGUGACAUGGAGGUUUAUCGAGUCGAUGGAAGAGAGGGCUCGGCAUCAGCUGGUGUGGCUGGACCAGGAGAGGAUGGAUGAUAUCAAAGCUAGCUUUGAGGUGGUGUCUGGUCUGCCAAAUUGUUGUGGCGCAAUUGAUGCCACCCACAUAGUCAUGACCCUUCCUGCUGUUGAUUCAUCGGAAGACUGGUGCGACCAUGCGAAGAACUACAGUAUGUUCCUGUAAGGGAUUUUUGACCAUGAGAUGCGAUUUAUUGAUAUUGUCACCGGUUGGCCUGGCAGCAUGCCAUAUUCACAACUGUUGAAAUUUUCUGGAUUUUACAAGCUCUGUCAGGCCGGAAAACGCUUGGAUGGUCCUGCCCAAGUUUCAAGGGAGGGUGCACAAAUAAGGGAGUUCAUCGUUGGUGACAUGUGUUAUCGUCUACUCCUGUGGCUUAUGACUCCGUAUGAAGGAGAAAGUGGAGAAGACGCGAACUCGACCAUGCGACCAACCGCCCUGGACACAGCCUCCAAAGAGUAGCUGCAUCCCUAGAGCAGCUGCAGCUGAGACUCCCGCGAGACCGGUGAUGGCGAGGAAAGGGCCACCUGCCCCUUGCCACGACGGUCAGUCGCACCUCGACGCCGAUACACCACCGGAGUGAACACCCCGGUACCGCCUCCGUCAGCCCCCUGUGAAGACCUGGCCUCCGAAGGACGAGGCGCCGCAGCAGAGAGAUGUGCCUCAAAAGGCACCACGGCAGCUUGAGAUGUUGUCGCGUCCGCAGGAGCAGCAACCGACGCCGAACUGGGCGCUACCAUGGCAGUCAAAGGCGAAGGCAUAGCAGCGAGAGCAGCAGAAGGUCCUUCCAUGGCAGCUGAAACUGCAGAAAACGCUGCAGUAGUGGCAGCCACAUCAGCAACACCGGACGAACAAGCCAAAAGAGCUGCUGAAGCUGCUGCUAAUUUUGAAGAAGAAGCAGUCUGCCUUGCCACCUCCGAAGGGACCUGAGCCAAUGCUGUUGGUGAAGCAGCCAUGGAGAAGGCCCCCAUGGCGUUCGCAGCCCCCGAACGCCCCUCCACUGAGGUAGAACCAAUGGGCUGAACUUGCUCAGUGCCACCACUCGCAGGCGGGGCAGCAGCCCCAUUAUUUGAAUUCCCAGCAACAUCAUCCACUUCAUAUCUUUGUUGCCUUCA